AUGCCGUUCAAGCACCAGCUCCUCCUCUCGACCGCCGUCCUGCUCGCCGCACUUGCCGCGGGGUCGGCCAGCUUCAGGGACCGAUGCGUUCCAGGGCGGGAGAUCACAUACGAGUCGCUUAACGCCUGCCGCGAGUACGCGGUCAGACAAACAUGCGGCUACUACCUCUCCGCCGAGAGGCAGAAGAGGCGGUGCUGCGACGAGCUGUCCAAGGUCCCGGAGCUGUGCCGGUGCGAGGUGCUGCGCAUCCUCAUGGACGGGAGAGUGACUAAGGAGGGCGUGGUCAAGGGCAGCCUCCUCCAGGACAUGUCCGGAUGCAAAAAGCUGACGAGGGAGUUCAUCGCGGGCAUCGUCGGCCGGGAGGAGUGCAACUUGGAGACCGUCUUCGGGCGGUACCAUUACUGCCCGUCCGAAUAUCUUGGACCUGAAGUGGUCGUGUAA